GUCUCUCCACAACAAGCGCAAGAAAAGAAGAACACAAAUUAUUAGGCACCAACACUUCAUCGACUUAGAAAAUGUCUAGCUGGUUACAAGAGAAGUCGGGGGAGGUGGUGGAGACGACCCAAGUUAAGGCCGGCGAGGCCACGAAGAUGGCGUCCGAGACGGGGCAGUCCAUCCAGGACCGUGCCGUCGAGGCAAAAGACCAGACCGGCAGCUUCCUUGGCGAGAAAAGCGAGGCUGUCACGAAGGCUGCCUCCGAGACCACCGAGGCGGCCAAAAAGAUGGGCGGCGAGGCCAUGGGGAAGGUGUCCGAGACGGUGCAAGCCGGUCAGGAUCGCGCCGUCGAGGGCAAAGACCAGACGGCCAGCUUUCUCGGCGAGAAGACGGAGGCCGUGAAGAAGACGGCCACCGAGACUGCCGACGCCGCCAAGGAGAAGUCCACCGAGGCCGCGCAGCAUGUCCAGGACACCGCUGCAGAGUACACCAAGGAUACCCCGGUCGCCCCCAAGGAAAACGUCUUCCAGAAGGCCGGCGGGAAUAUUGUGGGUGCCGCUACGGACGCCAAGGACGCGGUCAUGAACACGCUCGGGAUGGGAGGAGACAAGUGAGAUGUUCAUGGUGCCACCAAGAAGAUCACAAAGGAUAAUUAGACGCGUCUGCGCCUGCCUGCUCUUUCCCUCCUUCCGUUUCGUUGUUCUCUCGAUAUAAUUUAAAUUUCAGUUCCAAGGAACUAAUUAAUUUAUACACACGCUCCUUGGUGUAACUUUGUUUGAUGUAUGGGACCGAGGUAUGAAUAUAUUUUCCACCAAUUAUAAUCAA